CUUAGAUAAACAAACCUAAAGGCAAACUGCUACCUCCAUUCACACACCAGUCACAAUGCCUGCAGACUACAAUGGACGCUGGGAGAUGGUCAGCAACGAGAACUUCGAGGACAUCAUGAAGGCCCUCGAUAUCGACUUUGCCACCAGAAAGAUCGCUUCCCACCUGCAUCAGACAAAAGUCAUCGUCCAAAAUGGGGAUAAGUUUGAAACAAAGACAAUGAGCACCUUCAGAAACUACGAGGUCAACUUCACCGUGGGAGAGGAGUUCGAGGAGCACACCAAGGGCCUGGACAACCGAAAAGUCAACACACUGGUGACCUGGGACGGCGACAAGCUAGUGUGUGUGCAGAAGGGGGAGAAGGAAAAUCGUGGGUGGAAACACUGGAUCGAGGGAGACCUGCUACACCAGGAGAUCACUGUGCUCGACAAAGUCUGCCACCAAGUAUUUAAGAAGGCAUAAUAACAUGGAAACAAACCUCAUCUGCCCCAAACUGUCUGUCAUGUAUUGCAUGUUGCUGUCUAUUUAUAAUGUAACCGCCCAGAUCUGCAAUAAACUGAUUUAAUACCA